CUGUAUUCACUACUAUUCCUAUUUCCUGCUCCCUAUUGAUCUCUGUUUAUGGAUACUUCAAAUACUUCAGAUACGUCAAAAUAAUUGCUGUCACAGUCUCACAAAUUUUAGCUAAGAACCAAGUAAUCUUGUUGUAUAGUCAACUUCGAAAGUAUGGAUAAAUUUGAGAAACCGCAGAUAAUUUGUCAUAUUGAGAAAUCGGUAAAUUAUUCCUUAUUCGACGUAAAAUGGAUUCCGUGCAGCGCAAAAUUUGUGGUUAUGGGCUCACGACCGCGUGGUAGCGGUAUUAUACAAAUCUAUGAAGUUUCUAGUGGCGAAUUAAAUCUUGUUAAAGAUAUCGAACGAUCUCAACCGAUAAAAUGCGGGACCUUUAAAGCGUCUAGUCUAAAAGACAGAUAUUUAGCAACUGGUGAUUUUCAGGGUAAAUUGAACAUCUACAACCUAGAAGACCCUUCGAUACCAAUUUAUACUACUGUUGCUCAUGAUGAGAUUAUAAACAGUAUCGAUGGUGUAGCUGGACAGAGCAUUGGAUGCGGCGCACCGGAAUUAGUAACUGGCUCUAGGGAUGGAAGCGUUAAAGUCUGGGAUCCUAGGUUGAAAGGUCGACCAGUUGCUGUAAUGGAACCUAAAGAGGGUGAAGAUCGUAGAGAUUGCUGGACAGUUGCAUUUGGAAAUUCAUACAAUUGUGAGGAAAGAGUUGUAGCUGCUGGUUAUGAUAAUGGAGAUGUAAAAAUGUUUGAUUUAAAAGCAAUGGCUGUUUUGUGGGAAAGUAAUCUUAAAAAUGGAGUUUGUAGCAUUGAAUUUGAUAGAAAGGAUAUUCCAAUGAAUAAAUUAGUAGCAACCACUUUGGAGUCAAAGUUUUAUUUGUUUGAUUUAAAAACUCAGCAUCCUAAAAAAGGAUUUACUUAUCUAACAGAGAAGGCACAUAAUGCAACAGUAUGGUUAGUCAGACACUUGCCCCAAAAUCGUGAAAUAUUUGUUACUUGUGGUGGAGGAGGAAGCCUUUGUUUAUGGAAAUAUAAUUAUCCAGAGAAACGAAAAAUAGUAGACGCAGAUGGCAUUGGCCGCGGAAUCGUCGGUAAUCUAACUCUUUUACAAAACACUAUUGUUUCAUCACAACCUGUUAGUUCCCUAGACUGGAGUCCAGACAAACAGGGUUUGGCUGUUUGCACUGCGUUUGAUCAAUGUUUGAGGGUAAUUAUCACCACGAAACUUAAUACUUUCUAAGAAAAAGUAUAAAUUCGUGUUCUAAUUAAUUAUAAAAAAAAAUAAGAUAUUUAUAUUAUGUUAUUUAAUAUUAUUCAGUGUGAAACGUUCACUAUUGCAAUAGAAACAAGAUAGAACUGUAAAUAAACAUCAAUUAUCUUAGUUUAUAUAAUUUGACGAAAUAAAAUGAAUAAAAUAAUAAUUAAUAUUUUACAAAAUUUUUCAUUAAAUUCAAAUUAAAUUGUCUGGAAUCCUUGGUUGUCUAAGAGUCUAAAUUACCGACUGCGAAGGAAAUUUUCAUCACGAUGGCGACACUUGUCGUUCGUUAAAUAUUGAUUUUUGUCUCCGUAUACAUGUGCACGCGUUGCGCAACUUCGCGGUACGGACGACCAGAUGAAAGCGAAUUAUAUGUCAUCGGGCCAAUCUAUUUAGAAUCAAACCCUUAUUAAGUGGCAGCCAUCUUAUAGUGCGAUAUGUUAUGCAACAUCAGACCGCCAUGUUGAGGCGCGAGACAUACCCACGCCAAGUGGCACUUAUGCUACAUUGUUCGAGCCAGUCUCGGCCAGCUCACAUUCAGCCAUACAAGGUCAGGAAUACCGCGAGUUUAAUUACAUAAAUUAGUUCUUGGCUAUUCCCCCUUCUGCAACGUGUCUCUGUGAUACAUUCUUUUCGUUUCUUGCUCUCGUGUUCACUGAAGCUGCGCGCGUUCCGAUUGGAUCACGCAUUUAGUCUUGGCUCCGUUGUUCUCCAAAAUGGCGUCGUCCUGUACGCGCAGCAUCACAGAAAACAAGAGAUAGAUUUUUCUCCUACAAAUCUCUUUUAUUUUUUUAAGAUUUGACGAAUUUAUCGAAAAUUUUAUGUUAUUAACUAAAUAUUGUCUUUUAACGGUUAUUUUUAUAAAAGACAGGAGUGAGCAAAAAUGUUUUACUUCAUUGAAUCAGUUGCUCGCAAUUAAAGGAAUGCGGAAUUACGGGUCUUUAUAGUCUUAUUACAAGAACUGCCUGUAAUUAAUUCAACUGGUAACAAGGAGCAAAGCAGUUUAUUUGAAUAUGUACCAACUUAACUGGUCAAUUGCAGCGUUGUAAAGCCAGUACAAAUUCGCCUGAAAAUUGUCA